UGCAGACGUUGUUCCGGCGGAAGGUCAAAGUGCACCACACGCAUUUCGGUGCUGCUGCUGUGUUUGUGUCUGUAUGGGUAGUUUCAGCUCAGCGGCGUUUGGCAGGCUGAGACGCAUUAACGCUGGCGACGCCGCUGUUUUAGCCGGAGUGUAGCUGACGUUUGCAGUGUGGAGUUUUUUACGUUAAAUCCUUAUAAAAAAAAUGUCCACAGCGAUGACCACCAUCGUGCACGACACCACGGAGGCGCUGUGCCUGUCCGCCGAGCACAACCUGUACCUGAAGCCCAUCGCCAAAAUGACCGUCAGCGUCGCUCUGCCGCAGCUCAAGCUGCCGGGCAAGAGCAUCUCCAACUGGGAGGUGAUGGAGAGGGUGAAGGCCAUGGUGGCUCCGGAGCAGUUCUCGGCCCUGCGGAUCUCCAAGAGCACCCUGGACUACAUCCGCUUUGAGGGGGAGGUGGAAAACAAAACCGUGGUGAAGAGCCUGCUGACCCGCCUGGACGGCAAGACCAUCAAACUCAGCGGAUUUACCGACGUGCUCAAGGUUCGUGCAGUAGAAAACAAGGUGGAUUUCCCCACACGUCACGACUGGGACUCCUUUUUUCGUGACGCCAAGGAUAUGACGGAGACUCUGCCGGGAGAGAGGCCUGAUACCAUCCACCUGGAAGGGCUUCCAUGUCGCUGGUUCAGCCUGAAAGACAGCCAGUUUCCUGACCGCCCCUCAGAAGAGGUUCUAAUCGCUGUGUUCCAGGCAUUUGGCAAGGUGCGUCAUGUUGACAUCCCCAUGCUGGAUCCGUACAGGGAAGAGAUGCUGGACAAGAACUUCAGUACCUUCAGCUUCGGGGGUCAUCUGAACUUUGAGGCUUACGUUCAGUAUCAGGAAUACUGCGGUUUCGCCAAAGCCAUGGACUCCCUGCGUGGCAUGAAGCUGAUGCUGAAAGGAGACGACGGAAAAGCCGUGGCAUGCAACAUCAAGGUUACCUUUGACACCAGCAAGCACCUCAGCGACGCGUCCAUCAAGAGAAGAAACCAGGAGAGGCUGAAGCUGCAGGAGCUGGAGAGGCAGAGGGAGGAACAGAAGCGACGGGAGAAAGAAGAGGAGGAGCGGCGGAAACAGGAGGAGAGGAAACAGAAGGAGAUGGAAGAGGAGGAGAGGGAGAGGAAGAAGGAGGAGAGAAUCCGGAAGCGCGAGCUGAAGCUGCGGGAGAAGGAGGAGAGGAGGAAUCUGAAGAAGGUGAAGAGGCAACAGGAGCAGGAGCAGAAGAAGCUGCAAGUGAAGAUUGCCAUGGAGGAGCGAAGGCUGCUGCUGGCUCAGCGCAAUCUGGAAUCAAUACGGCUCAUUGCCGAGCUGCUCGCCCGAGCGAAGAUGCUGAAGCAGCAGCAGCAGGAGAAGGAGAUGGCCGAACGCAAGGAGCAGGAGGAGCAGGAGCAAGCCCGCCAGAUGGAGGAGCUGGCCCGUCUGCAGCAGCUGGAGGCCUGCCGGCGGCGGCAGGAGCAGGAGCUGCGCAGGGUGGAGGUGGAGAAGCAGCGAGCGCUGGAGCUCCAGCGGAAAGAGAAGGAGCUGAGGGAGAGGCUGCUGUGCAACCUUAUCAAGAAGAGCACGGAGAAAAGCGCCGCAGCCGCAGACACACAGGACCCGGGCUGCCCCCCGACCAAAGAAGAACCUCCGGUUCUCAGUGAUGUGAUGCUAGGGGUCCUGGGUCGGGUCAACGGGAUGAAGGCAGAGGAGGGAAAGGAGCAGCAAAGAUCCAGAUCCGCGCACUCCGGAGUUAAAAAUAAGUCAAAGGAGAGACGAGGAGGGGGGGAUAAAAAGGAGGAGUUUGCCCGGAGCGCCCGCAGCAGAGAAAGGCGGCAUGACAGGAGCUCGCCCAGCGGAGGGAGGAGGAGGCGUUCCCAAAGUUCAGGCAGGAGGAGGAGGAGCUCCAGCCACCGGAGGAGGAGUCGUCACAGGAGGAGCGAAAGCCAUCACAGGGGACGGCGGCGCAGCAGCAGAAGCUCCAGCAGAGAUAGGAGCCUCAGCAGCAGGGGGCGGAGCUACAGCAGGGGGAGGAGCCAGGGGCGUGGUCACCGCAGGCCCAGCAGCAGCAGCAGGAGGAGGAGCAAAGACUACAGGAGUCACAGUCACCACAGUCGCAGGUACCGCAGAUACAGCGACAGCAGAGACCGGAGCCACUCCAGGGGACGCUGAGGGCCACGCAGCUCCUCUACGGACCGAGCGCCUCAGGUUCUGUUCACAGUGCUUAAGUUCAGCACGACUCAGAGGGAAGGCAGGACGUCUGGUCGAGUUGAAUUUCACAGGAAAACACUUGAAACGUGGAAGUUUGUUGCCGUUGAAUCAAAUUUUCAUUUCAUUCGUUUUGUUUUGUUCACAAUUUUGUUUUUUUCUUUUUGUUGUUGUUUUUUAAGCCUCUAUACUAAGAAGCCUAAGAGGGUAUUAAUAUCUGGUUUAACAGUGACAGUGUUAGAAAUUCUCUGUUUUGGUUGGUAGUUUUUUUUUUUUUUUUUUUAUGUAACUCCAGUUCAACCUGUCUUCAAGACAUGACAUUGUUUUUGUUGUAGUUCUGGUUUUUAUAGCGAGUCAUCUUAGAAAAUCCAUAAGACUCAGUUUUAAAUGAUUUAAAUUAGCUGGUUUUCCAGGCGGCGGCUCCUCUCCGUGUUUUGUCUCCUGCAGGUUUGUGGACCGCUGGAUGGGUAGACCCAUUUGUUUCUGCUCUGCUACGGACACAAAGCUUCCAGAAUUUGCACACUUGUGUUUUAAAAUGUCAGCAAGCUCAGCUUUUGUUUUUAGAGCAUGAGUGUUUGUUUUUUCUUAUCGCCGUAAGCUUCAUUAAAAAAGAAACCGAAUCCGACCGCCUCUGAAAUGAACAUGUCACAUUUAAGGGGAAAAAGAAAAAAAAUGCAUCAGCAUCUUUGGUUUAGUGACUUUGGAUCAAAGCCAUUCAGUAACUUUAGUUCUGUCCGCAUCGCAGCAGGUCCGAUCAGGUUUAUCAACUGGCUGACUUCUGAAAUUUAAAAUGAAAAACUAAUGCAGGAAUAAGUGAUUUCCCCUAUAAACACAUAAUGUGAUGGAUUAUUUUAGCUGAACUUGAAACUGGCUCUUGUGUUGCUUCUGUUUACACCGACAGUGCUUGUCAUGGCAGAGAUUUCUCUAUGUGCUUGUGCUCCGCUCAGAACGCGCCUUGCACUCACUGGAAGUGGCAACAAUAAAGAUUUGAAUCUGACAAACUUGAA